CAAACGUUCAUUCAACAGAGAGCUUGUCUUUCUAGUGUUCGUUCAUCUUCCUCCUAAACAAAACAAUCCGCCAUAUCGCUCACCAUGCUUCACAGUGGUGAAUGGUUGGUGAAAAAAUAUGCCUCUUUGGCACAACCAAAAGCGAAUCAAACGUUGGACACAACUUUAAUCACUCUUUCUUCUCGUUUACAAGAAGUUUCGGCUUCAAAGGAAAAGCUUGCCGAUGGAUCUCCUGCAGCACCACCGCUACCACCUCUACCAGAUAGACGUGCUGCCGUUCUAACUCUGAAAGGUUUAGCAAGAGAUCAUCCGGUCGAAGUUGGGAAUAAAGCAUUAGACGCAAUCUUGGAAAGCCUUUGUCGUGAUGCAAAAGAAGAUGAUGAAAUCGCAAGAGCAGUCGUGGAAACAUGUUUAACAUUAUGCGAAUCCAAUACGGCUUCUGCCGGUCAAGGUGCAGGAAUUGCAGCUAUAAAAGAUCACAAAUUACCUCCUUAUGCUUUUCAACAUGUUGACAAAUUCCUUGCAACGCCAGGCCCUUUGCAUGCUCUCUUGCCGCUUUUGUCACCAUCAAGAUCUUUCUAUACUCGAUUCUCAUCUUUACAGCUGCUAGGCCUCUUGCUCAGGAUACGAUCAGAGCGUGUUCAGGAACAUGUUCUCACCUCUCCAGGAGGUUGCGGUGCCAUCUUAGAAUGUUUGAGUGAGGGAAGCGGAUCAAGUGCUGAAAUUGUACGGAAUGAAGCAUUGUUGCUUUUGCCUCGAUUGGUCGAUGCCAAUGCGGAUAUUCAGAAAUUGAUCGCAUUCGAAGGAGCGUUUGAGAAGCUGAUUGACGUUGUAGCCUUAGAGGGUCGAAUUGAAGGAGGGGUUGUAGUUCAAGAUGCUCUCGACGCUCUCGUUGCUCUUCUCAAAUACAACGUCUCAAAUCAGAACUACUUCCGCGAAACUCUUUCGGUACCGCUAUUGGCCCCAUUGUUAUUCUACCCGCCUCCGCCACCAGCGGAUAAUCCUCAAGCACAAGCGGAGUAUGCCAACCAACUUGAAGCUUUUGCAUUCCAACAAUGGUACCCACCACUCCCACCUUCGGAAGAUGACGAUGAAAGAGGCAACAAUGGCUUACCCGAGACAGAUGAACAAAAGGUUGUCAAUGCCGGAUUGGUGCUAGAGGUUGCAGGCUUGCUGGUCGAAGGACAGGGAGAUAGCAAAAGAAUGAAUCAAAACGCUCUUUUGUCAUGUGGCUUCACGAAAUGUUUGAUUGAAUUGUCCAUGUCCAGUACAGCUCCGACUGGCUUGAAAUCACAAGCACUUCACGUUCUAGCAUCCUUGCUACGCUCAAAUCGGUCAAACCAAGAUUUGUUGAAUACACUUGAAGUAUCUCCUAUCAUCUCCAUAGGUGGUCAGAAAGGAUCUGUAAAUGAUUCAUCGGUCAACUACACCCGUCUGCCACCUCGACCAGCAAUUUUGGAAUUGAUUGGAGCAGCGGUGAAUGGAACGACAAGUACAGGAAAUGCAUUGGAUGCUCUUGCUUUUCGUGCUUCGGCAUUGGACUGUUUUGAUGCAUAUGUGAAUGACAAUCUAGACGCCAGAUUGAACAUUCUCAAAACCAUGGCUGAUACAGAAGAAUCACAAGACGGUCAACCAUCUUCUGGAACAGGUCCCCUUCUUUUGAGAGGACUUGCGCAAUUCCCCGAAUCAUCAAAAGUCGGACAAGGUGCGACAUACUUUGAUGCGUAUAGAUAUCUGAUCAGUGCAUUGUUGUUUGCACAUUUGGUACGUGGUAGCGACACCGCAAAGGAUAUGGCUCGUGGGCUGUUAUUUGGUGCAGAUGGUAAAGUAGUAGACCAUAUCGAUGUUAAAAAGACUACAUUAGAUGAAGAUGAUGAACGUAGCACGUUGAUACAAUUGAUCAUUGGUAAUCUUACCAUGGCAUUACGAGAACAUGGAGAAGCAACAAGACGGGAACGUGGAGCGGGAGUUUCGGCAUCAAAGAGUCAAAUUCACGGACAGUCUGGCAGCCCGACCGACUGGGCAAGGAUACAGAUUGGAUACCUGAUCGUAUUGAUUACCUGGAUCUGGGAAUCGCCAGCUGCUGUGGCUGAGUUAUUGAAAGAGAGCUCGAAUUUGCAAAUCUUGAUUCAACCAGUCAACCAAGGCGGAAAUAUGAUUGAUCCAAUCGUUUCCGGUCUUUGUGCAGUGGCUUUGGGAAUCGCUUAUGAGUAUGCCCCUACAGGAGAUGGAAAGGAAGAUGAAGGCUCCGUUACACGCAAGAGUAUGCAUCCUAUCUUACAUUCACGCAUCGGACCUGAUCAAUUUGCCGCAAGGUUGAAUAGAUUACGUGACGAUGGUCGUUUCAAGAAUACCAGUCCGGAUGUUUUGGAUAAUUUGGGCAGACAGAAUAUCGUCAAUGCGAUUGGGCCUGGCGCUCCUGCUGCUCAAGCGGAGGAAGAGGAGGGCUUAUGGUUCGAUUGGGCAUUUGUUGAUUUUAUCAAGACGAAUUAUGUGUUGAUUCAAAAAUCCAUUUUGGUCGAUCCAAGUUCUUCUUCUGCUAAUCAAGCUUCGCAAAGUACAGAAUUGUUAGAUGCCAAACGUCAAUUAGAACAAUUGCAAGAGCAACAAGCUAAAUUGGCACGGGAAAGCGAACAUCUAUCACAGAAAUUGAAAGAGGCUGAACAGCUUUUGGUUACAGAACGAGAAUCGUCAUCCAAACAGGUCCAAUCGAUACAAGCGCAAAAUGAGAAAUUGCAGGCUGAUUUCAAAUUACUCAAAGAUUCAACAGCCUUGAGUGACGAGAAACGUGCAACGGAGACGAGUGCCUCUACCACCCAGCUCACCACUUUGCAAGAGCAGGUAAGCAAGUUAGAAGAAUCCAAUACCAAGGAGACACAACAGCGAAACGAGCUGGAAAAUAAGCUGAAGCUGAUUCAACAAGAAAAGGACGGGAUGGCAAAACGAUUGCAAGAUGCAUUGAAGUCAUCCGAAGAAGCAGAAGCGAAGAUCAAAGCUGCACAAGCAGAAGCAGAGACAGCAAAAGCCGAAGUUGAAAAAGCCAAAGAAGAAGCAGCAAAAGUAGCCAAUGGAUCUGCUGCAAAAGCCACAGCAGCUGCAGCGCCAAAUGGAGAAAAUGAAGAUGGCGAAAAGAGUAAAGAAGAAUUAGAGAAAGAAUUGGAAGAUCUUUUGAUCCUUUUGGAUGAAUUGAGUACGAAACGCAAGAAUGAUAAAAAGCGUAUGCGACAAAAAGGAAUGGACGUCAGUGAAGAUGAAGAAGAUGACGAUGACGAUGAUGAAGAUACUGAUGAUGUUGAUUAGAUAGAGCAUGUAAUGAAACUUGCUUAAUUUAUUCACUCACUCUUGUAAUCAAUACAACCGGUAGUUAGCUGUGAUAAGAAUGCAUUGAAUUAAAAG